UCAUGUGAUUGUUUACAUAUGAGUUGAGCAAUAUUAUUUCAUUUUGCAACAGUGCAACAGUGAUCAUUCCGUUGAUAUGUAUUCCAAAACUUUUGUGUUUUUGCUCUGUUUGUGUUUCGUGUAUGCAAGAGAAACAUCAUAUUUUUCAAUUUUGAAAGAGGCGCAGCAUAAAUUAUCCAUCGCACCGAAAAUACCGAAUGUGAACAGAGAAGUGUCCCAGAUAUUCACCCAGGUCGAAAAUGCACUUACAAGAGAUUUUUUCGAAAAUCUCUUGAAUGAAAUUGAAAACAAUGGACCUAAAGACAACUUCACGCUUUGCCUUUCUGAUUUGAAAAAUUUGUUUCAAUCUGUAGUGAAAGGCGAAAGAUGGGGACUGGAAGUACUUGAUUCAUUUGGAAAGAUACAACCUGGAAUCUUAUUGGCUAAUUUUCACAGUCCAGGAUUUUUUGAUGAAUGCAAAAGUGUUGGACGAGACAGUUCUUUUGGAAUGAUUCCUGAAAAUGUUACAUUUAACAGUCAAUAUUGUUCGUUGAACAUAAAGGCUCAGUUAACUGGUAUGCCUAUGCCUCUUCCAUUUUCCUUUGGGAUGUGUGUGUCGGAGAAUUGUUCUGAAAAAGUUCUGAACAAAAUUAUCGAUCAAGCAAUGAGCAUGUUGCUCAUAAACACAACCUCCAUAAAACCACAUGCAACCUGUCAGAAAAACCAUUUAGAGUUUGAUGGCAAAGCUGUUGCAGCAUUGUUGUUUGCCGGAGUCUUUGCAUUGUUAGUCACCAUAUCUACCAUUUUGGAUGUUUUGUCAACAUGGAUGGCAAAGAAUGACAUCUUUCAGAAGACAACUAGCACCAAUGUAGAAGUACUUCAUUAUGCACACAAGAUCAACUCUGAGGAAACCCCUCUCCUAGGAUCACCAACAACCUCUGUGGCUCAAAAGAAUCCAGCUUCAGGAUGCCUUAUGAAGUUUUUCUUGGCCUUUUCUGUGUAUUCCAAUGGCAAGAAGAUUCUGAGCACGAAGAAGACUGCAGGCACCCUGGGGGCUGUCAAUGGGGUCCGGGUCCUCAGCAUUUCCUGGGUCAUACUGGGCCAUAUAUUUGCCUUUAUAAUUGGAGUUGUUUCAAAUGUUGGAUAUUUCUAUACAGUAGACCUAAAGAGAAGGUCAUAUCAAGCCAUCCUGAAUGCCUUUGUGUCUGUUGAUUCAUUCUUCCUACUGAGUGGACUUCUGGUGUCCUAUUUACUUCUAAAGGAACUCAGAAGGAAGGAAGGAAACAUAAAGUGGCUUCAAUUUAUUCCCAAGUUUUAUUUCCACAGAUACUGGAGAUUGACACCGUCUCUGAUGCUCCUAAUGUUUGUGUAUGUGCCACUGUUCCCUUACAUCUCUGAUGGUCCCUUCUGGCCCCAGAAAGGCUUGGAACAAGGACAGUGCAAUAAAACUUGGUGGUACAACAUGCUCUACAUUAAUAAUUUUUUUAAUGAGGAGUGCAUGGCAUGGACCUGGUAUUUGGCCAAUGAUAUGCAGUUUUUCAUACUUAGUCCAUUUAUCAUCAUUCCGUUGUACUACUCUAAAUUCCUUGGUUGGAUUAUUGGAGGCGUGAUUCUGUUAGGUAGCUGGAUUGCUACAGGGAUUAUAUCUAACAAAUAUCAACUACCAGCCUCCCAACUAGAGCAACUGACAUCCUCAUCAAUGCAACUGCAUUAUUUUGAUGAUUACUACAUAAAGCCGUACUGCAGAGUAGGCCCUUACAUUGUUGGGAUAUUUUGUGGUUACUUCCUGUAUAAGACUGACUGCAAACUGAAAAUAAACAAGGUGCUGAACAUAUUUAUAUGGAUGGUGGCUGCCACUCUAGCCUGUUUGAUAGUGUAUGGCUUGUAUGAUGAUGUCAAUGGAUAUGUUCAUCUUUCUCAAAGUGUAAAAGAUCUAUACAACACAACCCACAGAACUGUAUGGGGAGCCUGUGUGGGCUGGGUGGUCUUUGCUUGUGCCACUGGAAAUGGGGGAUUUAUUAACACCCUGCUCUCAUGGAGUUUCUUCACUCCUCUGGCUCGUCUGACAUAUUGUGCAUAUCUGAUACAUCCAAUCCUUAUCUAUGCCUACUACAGCAGCCUCAGGACUCCAUUAUAUAUGGAUGAUUCCACACUGGCAGUCGUCUUCUCGGGUAUAAUGGUGUUGACCUACAUGUUUGCAUUUGUCCUGUCUCUGGCCUUUGAGGCUCCAAUGCUAUCAUUGGAAAAACUUAUCUUUAACCGAGGCUCAUUCGAGGAGGAGAAAAGAGGACCAUCAGAGGCGAAGCAUUACGAGUGAAAGCAUGGAACAGUGGUUGCUGUUUUGCUAUUUUUUUUUUUUUCGUUUACAAAAAUCCAGGUAUAUGAUACUGGUUAAAAUUGUACUGAUCGAUCUUUGAUUCAAAGCUUCAAUUAGCAGGUGCUUUUAGAUACCCGUGCAUUUCACUUAUUGACACUGGGCGUUUAGCAUAACCCUUUUAUUUGAUUUAUCAUUAAUUUAGAUGUACACAAGAAAGAGAAAUAAUUUUUAUGCUUCUGUACUGUUUGUGCUUUUUAACUUGUGUAUACUAGUAGGCAUUUUAAUUAUUAUUCACAUCAUGUUUUUUUUUUAUUGAAAAACAGAUCACAUCUUGGUUAUUUGCAAUUUACAUCAUUUCUUUACAUAUCUCUAUAUAUUUGACAAUCAUCAAUUUAAAAGCUUGUGUUUGAUAUUAAGCUCUGUGAACAAAGGCAAUUUGUCUUCAAGCAGGAAGCAUUUUUUUUAAGAUCUGCAUUUUACAAUAAGUAUUAUGAAUAAGGAAAAUCCUGAUUGAAUAUUUCUCGAUUAGUUAGUAUUUUACAUUUUAUACAUUUUUAUAUUUUGCAAUCUAUCUAUGACCAACGGCAUUUUGCCAAAAGCCUUCUCUCUUUCAAAGAUCUGCAUUUUGACCAAGUGUACAUUCAUGAUGUUUUGUAUACUAGUGCCGUAGAAGCAGAAAUGUUUAAUGGGAUAUAUAUUUUUCAUAAGUUUUGGCCCAAAAAAGUUUUGUAGGGAUUAAAUUCAUCUAAAAUGUCCAUGUAGGAAAUUAUUUCAUUUUGAAUUUAAUUUUAAUAAAUGUUUACCAUCAAGAAACCAAAAUUUAUUCCCCAUUAAAUUAUUCUGUAUUGAAGUAUUCGUUUUAUAUACUAUAAGGCUGAAAUUUAUCUUAAACUAAAAAGUAUUGUCUAAUGACUUCGAUGUCUGUGAUACCUAGAUAUUUUUUGUUUCAUCUUGUUAUAUGCUGGUACAUGUACAUGUAUAUCUUAAUUGUCAUAUGAUAUCAGAAUUAAAUAUGCCAAAACAUA